AGCAGUGAAGAGUUGAAAGUGACACCAGAAGUUUUAACCGUUACUCUUUAUCAGGAGAUAAAAAUUAAAUUAAGAAGCUUAAACGUCACUUUCAUAUUUAUCUAUUAUAGAAUAUAAAUAGUUCCAACUAACGAUGAGUUUUUCCAGUAGUGCUAUUGUUAUGUAUAUGUGUUUAUACGGAAAGUUGAAAUGAUAGUCCUGUUAGGUUUGUUUUCACAUUGGAUUUGAGAAUUCGUUACAAAGUGUCAUAACUAUUUUUAAUUUAAGAAAUUUAUCCAUAUCACCUAUAAGUUUAAAUACUAUCCUGAUCUGGAAAUAUGUGGCCGGCCCCAUCAAUACCUGUAAUCGGCGUGCGAGCCGAUACCUGGGGCCCGCAUUUUGAAAGACAAAUAAAAAUAUAAAUGACUGAGUAUGUAGGUCCGAUUUUAUAAUCUGAAACUGACAUCAAAUCCGAUAUUCAGAUUAGCAUCUGCCAGAUUUGUUGAAAUUUUAUUCCUGAUUUUGAAUCAUAACGCCUGGAUAUAAUUUAUACUUUGUGAUAUCCUUGAAGUUGAAUAUGUAAUUUUUACCUUUUUACACUAAAUUAAAGAUCUAUAGUAUCCAACUGCAGUGCUCCAAAUUCGGCCCGGAUGAAGAAAAGCACAGUCCAACGAAGUCUGCUACCCAACUUCGUGGUUUUCUGCCUCCGUCACAAAUUACAUACUGAUUCAAGACUUUACGUUUUCAGAAAUUAAGAUUUGUUUUGGAAACAGUUGAUUUUCUACAUCAUGUAUAGAAUGAUAGCGUGUCAAAUAAUACUGAUAAACUAUGUAACAUAUUGAGAUUAGCAUAUAAUGCAUAUAAAUUAGUAAUUAGUUGUUUAUUUGUGAAGGAAUAGCGCUCACGUACAUAAGUAUAUAGAUUGAUACAUAACUAGAUUUUGUGUUGAAAACUUACCUUAUUUUUUAGAUGAUUCUUAAUAAUUGACGUUAGUUCGGCAAUUUGCAAACCACUAUCGAUCUGUGGAUUUUUUAAGUUACACCUCUUUUUAGAUGGAGGGAGCAAAUGAUGCUUUCAGAUGUAGUUUAAAAUUCUAGUGUCAUUUUGCAGUAAGGUGGUCACCAUUUCUUCAGCUUUGACAGCAUUUUUAUUCCUUAUGGAGAUCUCAUGCCACUUAUGACAAACCCCAACUCAGGUAAUGCAUCUGAAGCCGAGAAAUAUCGUUCUUUUUUUAACAAUAUGCUUGAUGUAAUAAGCGGGGUGUACCAUGCAAAAUUCGUACCUGCGAAAGUUAGACGUCGGGAAUAAUUUUUGACAAAGGUUUUUCUACCUUCACUCCGCAAAUGGUGUUUAUUGACUUGCGUGACCUCAUUAAAACUUCGUCUGACCAAUAAUAAUAUUCCUGCGAGUAUAAGAAAUGUUGUGGUGAAAAAAAUUCGAGAAAGUCGCAAACGCAUUGUGGCUGCAUGAAGAUGGUAGUAAUUUUUGACACAGUAAUAUUGAAAUAUUAGUUCAAUUAAACCAAAAAUAUACAAGUUUGAUUGAAGCUGCAUUAUAUUAAGGCAGAUAUUUACGUCAACCACAGCAUAGUCAAGCUGCGGACCAAAUUAUGUUUGAUGGAACCCUAUACAUUGUGCAUAUGCAUAUGUAUGCAUGUAUGAUUAUAUGUAUGAAUUAUGAAUAGUAUUAAUGAUUAUUUAGCACACUAUAUUUUAUAUGAAAAAUUGUGAUAUAUAUUUAUAAAAUCUGAUCUUUCUUUAUUAUUAUCUCCCGGUUUAUAAUUCUAAUGGAUGAAUCAAAUAAAAGAUAUGCCUGACACUUAUUCCCGUCAUUAUUAUGCCGACAGUAUCGGGAAGAAGAGCAUGCAACUAUAUAAAUUUAUGAACACAAUUGUUGGGUCGCUCGUUUACGAAAAUUAGACCGCAGACGAGAAUUGUUUACAUAAGUUGCAGAGUUAGUCAGGUAUUUUUUAUAUAUUUGAAUAAGUGUAUUAGAAAAAUGGUAAGCAUAUAAGUGUAUUGGGAUUAAUUGGCUUUGAUAGGGAGUAGAGUAGAGGGAAAAGUGGGAAUGUUUUUGGGAAAAUAGCGACUACAAUUAUAAUUGACAAACAAUACUUACAUACAUAUAAUAUUAAAGUCAAUUCUUUUGGUUUUUAUAAAUAUACAUUCCAAAAUCAAGAGAAUGACAAUAAGUGGCAGUUUGAAUUAUUAUAUUAUUAGUAACUUGGAAGGAUAAUUGCUGUUAAACAAAAAGAUUCAUGCAUGACAUGACAGCCUACAAAAUAUUUAGUUCAUCAAUCCGGAGGUGGUCGAGUAAAAUGAAGUUGAUUCGAUUGCAAACCUACAUUAUCCUUUUUGUUGUAUGUAUAUUUCCAUCCAUUUACAUUUACAGCCUGUAUUUGCAAAUGGUCAACGGUUUCGACUUUGAAGUUUCUCAAAUCCUUAAACACACACCUUAUCUGUGGAGACGGUUUAAUCUCGGGAAUGGUUCAGAGCAUAGCUCGCGAGGCAGAAUUCAAGCUCAACAAGACUGGAUUAGGAAUCUUUCUCAAACCAAGUGGAUAAACGGAGAUAAGGCGAAACCUAAACUCAUUUGGAUUGAGGAUGACAUAUCAAAAUUUCACUGGCCGGAUGGAAAAGUACAUUGUCCAUAUGCUCCCAGUUUUGAGCAGAAAUGUCGAGUCGAGAAAAUUUCACCCAUGGUAAAAUUACUUGACGACCCGUAUCAUUUAAUGGAAGGCGACGCGAUCGUCUCCGUUCGAGACUGGGACAUGUCCGAGAUGGUUUAUCACAUCCCGAAUUAUAUGCUUCACGUCAUCCACAUCGUGGAGCCACCCCACAUCACACAGAAUGCGUCCCUCGGUGCCACAAAUGCGCUAAUUAGCUCGUACUGGCGAGGUUCUGAUAUCCCAUCGCCCUAUUACGUGUUCAUUCCCACAAAGGAUAAUGUCACGACUGUUCCAGUUCCUCAAAAUAUUAUCAAGUCAAAAACAAAGUUGGCAGUUGCAAUGAUUUCAUCUUGUACGCAGCAUGAUCGGGUCGAAUAUAUUGCCGAGCUACAAAAAUUUAUGAGCGUUGAUUUUUAUGGGAAAUGUGGAACAAUGACGUGCCCAAACAACAAAAAUUGUUUUAAUUUAUUUGAGGCAAAGUACAAAUUUUACUUGGCCUUUGAAAACAGUCGUUGUGAAGAUUACAUUACGGAGAAACUGUUUUUAAACGCGUUAGGCUAUUACAUCGUUCCUGUCGUACGUGGACCUCGCAAAUCCGACUACUUAUCCGCUGCACCACCAAAUUCAUUUAUUCAUGUUGAUGAUUUCGAGUCGAUACAAGAGUUGGCAAAAUAUCUUUCAUAUCUGGACCAGAAUGAUGACGCUUAUCUCAAAUAUUUUGAGUGGAAAGGAUCCGGCACAAUUAAUAACAAUCAUUUUCACGACAUGUUUUGCAGAAUUUGCGCCAUGCUUUAUUAUGCUCAAUGGGUUCCACCACCAAUUUGGGAGUCAAAGAAAAUAGAGUGGAAAGAUAUUAAUGUUUGCUUGAGUUCGGAUAAGGCACGAUGGACAGACUAACUUGACGUUUAGGAUUUGUUAGGUUAUAUAUGAAAUUGAAUCUACGUUCAUUAUUAUUCAUAGAUCUGUACAUCUGAAUUAGAUAAUUUAUGUAACAAAAUUUGUUAAUGAUAUGUACAUACAUACAUAUGUACAUAUUUCUUAUAGAUCUGCUAUUUUUGUAUCCAUGUACAUAUUUAAUAACUUGCCACUCAAAUAAAGCACUUUAUAUGUUAA